AUGGAAGCAGAGCUGAGAAGCAACACCUCCACACCCAUUUCAGUGCAAAGCCCCGGUUUGUUGGGCACCGCCUUAAGAGGCUGUUUGGGCAGCCUUGACGGGGCUUGCAUAGAGAAGCUGCUUCUCCACUGCGCGAGUGCCCUAGAGAGCAACGACGUGACUCUGGCCCAGCAAGUCAUGUGGGUGCUCAACAACGUCGCGUCGGCCUUGGGUGACCCCAACCAGAGGCUCACCUCUUGGUUCUUAAGGGCACUCAUCUCAAGGGCCUCUAGGGUUUACCCCACAUCAAUGAAUUUCAAUACAGGAAAUGCCCUUCAGAGGAGGUUGAUGUCUAUCACCGAGCUCGUGGCUUACGUUGAUCUGAUCCCCUGGCACAGGUUUGGCUUUUGUGCUUCAAAUAGUGCCAUUUUUAGGAUAAUUGAAGGGUACUCGAAAGUUCAUAUAUUAGAUUUUAGUAUUACUUAUUGUAUGCAAUGGCCAACUCUCGUUGAUGUACUUGGUAAAAGGCCAGAAGGGCCUCCUUCGCUUCGGAUCACCGUGCCCUCAGUAAGGCCUCCCGUUCCUCCCUUUCUUAACGUUUCCAGUGAAGAAGUUGGGCUGCGCUUGGCAAAUUUCGCCAGGUCUAGGGAUGUUCUGUUUGAAUUACGCAUGAUUGAAGCAGAUUCGCCGUCAUCAGUUAAAAAUUCUUAUUGCAAUUCACUCUUAAGUAAACUGAAUAUUUUGGACUUAGAUCUCAUGGAUGAUGAGGCUUUGGUCAUCAAUUGCCAAAAUUGGAUCCGCUAUUUGCCGGAAGAGCAUAAAGAUGCUUUUCUUAAUAUAAUUAAAGGCCUUAACCCUCGUAUUAUCAUCAUUGUAGAUGAAGACUGUGAUCUUAACUCAUCAUCAAGUCUUGCUGCAAGGAUUACCAAUGGUUUCAAUUAUUUAUGGAUACCGUUUGAUAGCUUGGAAACUUUCUUGCCCAAGGAGAGUAGCCAGAGGAUAGAAUACGAAGCCGACAUUGGUUAUAAAAUUGAAAACAUUAUUGGAUUCGAAGGGAGCCAAAGGAUUGAGAGGUUAGAGUGUGGGAUUAAGUUGAGCCAGAGGAUGAAUAACAUCGGUUUCUCAAGUGUAGCGUUUGGGGAAGAGAGUGUGAAGGAAGUGAAGGAAUUGCUAGAUGAACAUGCGAGUGGUUGGGGAAUGAAGCAAGACAAUGACAUGUUGGUUCUCACGUGGAAGGGGCACAACUCGGUUUAUGCCACGGCCUGGGUGCCAAAUGGGUAUGAGGAUUGA